AUGGAGCGGUAUGAAGUUCUUGAGCAGAUUGGGAAAGGCUCUUUUGGUUCUGCUCUUCUUGUCCGACACAAGCAAGAACGAAAGAAAUACGUCUUGAAAAAGAUUCGUCUCGCUCGUCAGUCUGAUAGGGCUCGCCGAUCAGCUCAUCAGGAGAUGGAGCUCAUUUCUACUGUCCAAAAUCCAUUUGUUGUCGAGUACAAAGAUUCAUGGGUUGAAAAGGGUUGCUAUGUGUGCAUCGUUAUUGGAUACUGCGAAGGCGGAGACAUGACAGAAACUAUAAAAAGAGCUUGUGGUGUUCAUUUCCCUGAAGAGAAACUUUGCCAAUGGCUUGUUCAACUCCUAAUGGCACUCGAUUAUCUGCACUCCAACCAUAUUCUCCACCGUGAUGUCAAGUGUUCUAAUAUAUUCUUGACAAAAGAGCAAGACAUACGACUUGGUGACUUUGGCCUCGCUAAGAUUCUCACUUCUGAUGACCUUACAUCUUCUGUUGUUGGGACACCAAGUUACAUGUGCCCUGAGCUUCUUGCCGACAUACCUUACGGAUCAAAGUCAGACAUUUGGUCUUUAGGAUGCUGCAUGUAUGAAAUGUCUGCUCAUAAACCUCCUUUCAAAGCUACUGAUGUGCAGACAUUGAUCAGCAAAAUACACAAAUUGAUAAUGGAUCCCAUCCCUGCCAUGUACUCCGGCUCAUUCCGAGGCCUCAUUAAAAGCAUGUUGAGGAAAAAUCCUGAACUCAGGCCAAGUGCUAGUGAGCUGCUUAACCACACUUAUCUUCAGCCUUACAUCAGUAUGGUUUAUAUGAAGCUAGAGAGUCCUAGAAGGAGCACUUUCCCACCAUCCCAGUGGCCGGAGACGAAGGAAAGAAGGCGUUCGUUUAGUAACGACAGGAGAUUGAAUCCGAGUGUCUCUGAUACAGAAGCAGGCUCUGUGACUUCUUCAGGGAGAGCAUCCCAUUCACCAAUGUUUAGUGGAAGAAAAGUGUCAGAAGUAACUGUUGGAGUCGUUAGUGAAGAGAUUGUUGCACAAAGGCAGAGUGGAGUACUUAAGAAGCAAUCUGGUGCAGCAGCUAGAACCCCGAGAGUGGCCAGAACCUCAAAGAGGCUUGAAACGCCGUCAAGCACCACCACCCCUCGUAAUGUUGAACUGACAAAUCCAAGGCGGAGAGCAUCUCUUCCGUUGGUCGUGGAAAACCCUUACACUCGCGAAUCGGAUAUCAUUGCUAUUUGCGGUUCACCAGACGUUUCUGUAAACGCUCCUAGGUUCGACAAGAUCCUUGAAUACCCUGAAGAUCUUUUCCAGGACAGAGAGACAACCUCAAGAGAAGUAGUAGCACGGCGAUCUUCUUUUUCGAAUUCGAACCGUUCGAUGAUGACGAAAGACAAGUGUACAACUGUACAGACAAGGAGGUCAGUGUCGGAGGUAAAACAGAGAAGGUUCGACACGUCGUCGUAUCAGCAGCGUGCGGAGGCUCUGGAGGGACUGCUGGAGUUCAGCGCAAGGCUAUUGCAGCAGGAAAGGUACGAUGAGCUUGGGGUUCUCCUUAAACCUUUUGGACCGGAGAGAGUGUCUCCGAGAGAGACGGCCAUCUGGUUGACUAAGAGUUUCAAAGAAGCUUCCGUGUAG